AUGAGAGACGACUACACCGAGUGGGAACGCUUCUCCCAUCCGGACCCAGAUGAAGAAGACCCUCCAACACUGGACGAAAUCCAAAGUCUGCGAGAAUUUGCUGAGCGCUACGGCACAUCCGAUACCAUUCCAGCAGAUGACGCUGCUCGCAAGCUAAUGUCGCUCGCUGACGAGGGCCGCGUGGUAGAUGAGCGCCAGAAUGAUGUCGUGGACAAAGGCGAACGCGUUUCCUGGUUAUUAUGGGAUGCUGCUAUCUACAUGCCGCGCUAUCAGCCUGCCAUUCUCAAGCUGAUUGAAGCUAUUCGGGCGCUUCCCGGGCUAGAAAGAACCGAGGAGCAGAUCCGUACCGGUCGUUUCGAAGGCAAAUUAGAAACAUGGAGGUCCCUGGAGGCUUUCACAAGCAUUUGGUCUGUGACUUAUCUGCGCUGCUGGGAGAUGAGGUACGGCCCAUAUCCCUACUACGGGUGGGUUGACUUCCACAACGCUAGCGCUUUCAAUGCGCACUAUCUUGCCGCCUACCCUCCCGAUUCUCCUAAUUCAAAGGAGUUAACCAGAGCAUUACGACUUAUCAUAUUCGCUUUAGAGCAGGAUCCAUGGACUCGUGCACAACAACCCCCGCCGCAGUGGCGAGGCCACCGCUUUAUUGAUAAUGGCCGCCCGACUGAUUAUGUGCAAAUGUUGAAUACCGAUGUACACGCUAUGGUUUCUUUUUUUGAGAUUGCCGGGCAUGUUAUCUUCGGUUUUGUGGGGAAACGAGAUCUGUCCCUACUCGAAAAAUCAAAAUUGAGUGGUUGCAAUCUAUGGCAGGGAGACUCAUCGCUCUCGAUGGAAAGAUGGGAGUUUUGGAAAAAGCGGCUGCAAUGGGCAAGUGGGCAAGAUGAGCUGAUGGAACGGACACGUGCUGACGCCCGAAAGCUUGUGCAACUUAUGCAAGAAAUUGAGCAAUAA